AUGAGUUUACAUGGUGGAGUAUCUAUUUCUGUGCACAAGGCGACCACUCUUCCAUUAAGUCUAGCUCGGGACUCCGAUAACAAUAAGGUUAUUCACGAAAGGAAGACUAUUCAGUCGCUGAUCGACGGUUCCAAAAAGCCUCCAUAUUCCCGAAUCGAUACCAUUCUUACCAACUUCUUCCCAGAAAAAUACGGAGAGGGAUACUAUGGAAUGGAGAUAGGCGACGUCUCAUGCCGGCCGACCUUUCUCCAAAAAUUGUUACACGGACUGAUCUAUAUUCCUGAGGUUCUUAAUGUCAGCCAUGGCCACUUGCAUUGUGAUGAAAUCUAUCUCAAUGACGAAGGCGAAAUCAAAAUUGGAGAUGUUGGGAAGAGCAUGAUCCAGACAGGAAAGACGAAAGAUGUUUCUCGCGGCGUGCAAGCAGUUUGCAAGAUUGCCGAUCAACUGCUUAGUCUCGAUAGUAACUCAGAUACAACCUGCAUGUCAUGGAUCAUAGCAAAGAAUUUCGUCACCAUGCCGAGCACUGUUGAUCCUCGAACGCUUCUAAAGCACCCGUUUCUCAAAUUCAGCCAGGAUUCCUGGUAUUUGUCGUCGCUUAGUGGCUUGCUCUCAUUUGUGCGAACAACAGGUCUCGUUGGAUGCUCAAAAUCCAGUCAAUAG